GAGAGAGUGAUGUUUCUGAACGCAGCACUAGCGAUACUUUUGAUAUUUGGGCGGGCGAUUCUCAGAGUCAGGUGAUUCGUUAUCAUAUUCUAGUUAUUCUCGUAAUUUGUAUAGACUUUACCUGAAAAUGGGUGAAAAUGUACAAGGAACGUUUAUAUCUGAAAAAAUUUCUAAGAUAAGGUGGCAACAUGAAGAUCUUGCAGAAGCAAAGCAUUUCUUAACCGGUAGUUGGGAUAAUCCGGUAAACAAAAUAACAUAUUGGACAUUUAGGACAAGUUAUGAUGAGGAACCAUCUCCUACAGUCUUAUCAUCAUAUUCGUUCCUGGGUGAUGUCACUGAACUAAAAUUUAUUAGCAAAGAUUUCUUUGUGGCUUCUUCAUCUUUGGGUUCAGUGAGGCUGCUGCAAAUUAACGAAGAUACCUAUACUGAAUUUAAAGAACAUAUGUCAUGGGAAUUUAUUCACAAUUUUCAAACAACAGAUUAUGCUUCUUGUACUGCACUAUCUACCUUUGAACAAGAUAUCGCUUCUGUAGGAGAAGAUGGAAAGCUUAAUCUUCUCACAGCUGCAGAGAAGAAGCCAGUUAGGAUUAUUGAAAAUGCUGAUAGCUGCUCCAUAUAUUGUGUUGAUUUCUUAAGACACAGUGAAGUGCUUACAGGAAAUUCAAGAGGACAUAUGAAAGUUUGGGAUUUAAGAAACGAUCGUGAUAUUCCAGCUACUACCUUUAUGCUUUCUGAUCAAGUCAAAAUAGGAGCUACAAGUAUCACGCAUCAUCCUACACAAAGGCAUAUUGUAGUUGCUGGUGGAGGUGAUGGUAGUUUGACUGUGUGGGAUUUAAGACACAAUACUUAUCCGGUAUCGCAACUCAAUGCACACGCAAAAUCCGUCAGCGAGAUACUCUUUCAUCAAGAUAGACCUGAUAAUCUUUUCACUUGUUCUGUUAGUGGAGAGUUAUGGCAUUGGAAUAAUGCACAAAGUUCAAAACUGAAACUUGAUUCUACAGAUACACAUUGGUUGAACACGAUUAGUGCGAAUGGGAAAGUCAAUGUGACCUCAUUGUGUGCUGCUAUGCAUAAACCAGUAAACAGUAUUGAUAUCAACAGAUCAAUUUUAUUAUUUGGAUGCGACAAUGAAGCCAUAGAUGGCUCGACAACAUCCAAUAACAGUCCGACGACUACAGCGUCUACAGCGACGAAGAGCCAAGUACAGUUCAAUCCAUACACCAUGUUGCCGUAUACACCGAGAUACUAUGAACUUUACAAGAAGAGAAUAACUCUGCCAGUUUUUGAGUAUCGUGCCGACUUCAUGAGAUUAUUGAACCAACAUCAAUGUAUCGUUCUCGUUGGUGAGACAGGCUCUGGCAAGACUACACAGAUACCACAAUGGUGCGUGGAGUAUUCCAGAGGUAUUGGAAACAAAGGAGUCGCCUGUACGCAACCAAGAAGAGUCGCAGCGAUGAGCGUGGCACAAAGAGUCUCGGAAGAAAUGGAUGUUGCCUUAGGUCAAGAAGUAGGAUAUAGCAUUCGUUUUGAGGAUUGUAGUACUGCGAGGACUGUGCUGAAAUACAUGACCGAUGGUAUGUUACUUCGUGAAGGCAUGUCUGACCCUAUGUUGGAUGCAUAUCAGGUGAUACUGCUCGAUGAAGCUCAUGAAAGAACAUUAGCUACUGACUUGCUCAUGGGUGUUCUGAAGGAAGUGAUCAAACAGAGACCAGAUUUGAAACUUGUGAUCAUGAGUGCUACUUUGGAUGCUGGCAAAUUUCAACAAUACUUCGACAAUGCACCCCUUAUGAAUGUGCCUGGUAGAACUCAUCCAGUCGAGAUAUUUUACACACCAGAGCCGGAAAGGGAUUAUCUGGAAGCCGCGAUAAGAACAGUUAUUCAAAUUCAGAUGUGCGAGGAGAUUUCAGGAGAUCUGUUACUAUUUUUGACUGGUCAGGAGGAAAUUGAGGAAGCUUGCAAGAGGAUUAAGAGAGAGAUGGACAAUCUGGGACCUGAAGUUGGUGAAUUGAAAUGCAUACCACUAUAUUCGACGUUACCACCAAAUCUGCAACAAAGAAUAUUCGAACCUGCUCCACAAACUAAACCGAACGGUGCUAUCGGUCGUAAAGUCGUGGUCUCGACUAACAUUGCAGAAACAUCACUAACUAUUGAUGGUGUCGUUUUUGUAAUAGAUCCAGGUUUCGCCAAACAAAAAGUAUAUAACCCGAGAAUUCGUGUAGAGUCUCUUCUAGUGUCACCUAUCAGUAAGGCUUCGGCUCAACAAAGAGCUGGUCGAGCUGGGAGAACAAGACCUGGGAAAUGUUUUAGAUUAUACACAGAAAAGGCAUAUAAGAAUGAAAUGCAAGAUAAUACGUAUCCUGAGAUUUUACGAUCCAAUCUCGGGAGUGUUGUAUUGCAAUUGAAGAAACUUGGUAUUGACGAUUUGGUGCAUUUUGAUUUUAUGGAUCCACCUGCACCUGAAACGCUUAUGAGAGCUUUAGAGCUUUUGAAUUAUUUGGCGGCACUCGACGAUGAUGGAAACUUGACAGAUCUUGGAGCAGUUAUGGCAGAAUUUCCAUUAGAUCCCCAGCUGGCAAAAAUGCUCAUAGCAUCUUGCAAUCAUAAUUGCAGCAAUGAGAUACUUAGCAUCACUGCUAUGCUCUCAGUCCCACAGUGCUUUGUGAGACCGAACGAAUCAAAGAAGGCCGCGGAUGACGCAAAAAUGAAAUUUGCACAUAUUGAUGGUGAUCAUCUCACAUUACUCAACGUGUACCAUUCCUUCAAACAACAUUUGGACGAUGUUCAAUGGUGUUAUGAUAAUUAUGUAAAUUAUCGAUCAUUGAAAAGCGGUGAUAACGUAAGACAACAGUUGAGCAGAAUAAUGGACAGAUUUGUACUAAAACGCACUUCAACUGAUUUUAAUUCAAAGGAUUAUUACAUUAAUAUUAGAAAAGCUCUCGUUAAUGGUUUCUUCAUGCAGGUAGCGCAUUUAGAGAGAACAGGACAUUAUCUUACCAUUAAAGACAAUCAGGUAGUGCAACUUCAUCCGAGUAGUUGUCUGGAUCAUAAACCAGAAUGGGUUAUUUAUAACGAAUUUGUACUCACUACUAAAAAUUAUAUCAGAACAGUCACUGAUAUUAAACCUGAUUGGUUGCUAAUGAUAGCACCACAGUAUUAUGAUCUGCAGAAUUUCCCUCAGUGUGAAGCAAAAAGACAAUUGGAAGUAAUACAGGCAAAACUAGAUUCAAAGCAGUAUCAAGAAGGCUUCUAACCUCUAGAUAUUUUAGACAACUUUGGAAAUCGUGAUGAAUUAUCGAUGCUCAGUCAAUCCGCUUUUGUCAUAGCCGAUGGCACACGACUUUUUCACGUAUCAAAGCCACAUCACAUUUGAAACAUUGUAAGACACAGUACAGAGAGACUCUUUCGACCCCUUACUUAAGACACAAAAGAGAGAAAAAUAUUAAAAUAUUUAUAUUAAAACAUUUAAUUUUAUUUUUUGUACAAGCUUUAAUGUCAGCUUUUAUGCUGUAAAAAUUAAAUACUUUAAUAUUUUCAAUGCUUAAGCCAAGAAAAAGAAUGGAACUGGGCAAUUUAUUAGCCCGAGGUACAGUAAAACUAUGCUUAAUCUUUCAAUAAAGGAUUAUUUAUGUACUAUUAAGAGAAGACUAGACCUUAAGUAAUUUUAUCAGUGGAGAUUUUCUUGAUCAACGCGUACACACAUUCGGAAUAUCUCGCUAGUUAUAGAUUAAGUUUUGUAUUAAAUGUUACUUGUGUAUUUUUUUCAGAAAAUACGUGACGCCUGAUAAAUAUCGUGCAAUAUUUUAACAGGGUUCUAUAAUUUAAUUAGUGUAGAAAAUUCUAAUAUCACAAAAUGUCGAAGUUACAAUAUAGUAUAAUAUAAUAGGUAUUAAGUGUAAUUAAUGUGCUAAUAAUAUCGCGUAAUUUGGUGUACACGUAUUUAAGAGCUAAAACUCGUUAUUAUUAGCACAUUUUAAUCGCUUAUAACUUUUAAUGUAUUGUGACGUCGAUAUUCUUUAAUUAGGAUUUUCAACUCUGAUUGAGUUCCAGAAUACACUGUUAAAAUAUUGUCCAAUUGUUUUUGGACAUCUUGUAUAAACUACUACAGUCAAUGAUAAACAUUUCGUAUUUUUAUUUAAAAAAAAAAAAUGAAUUCGUGUUUUUCUUUGAUACUAAUAUCUCAGUCUUUUUACUAUGGCUAGCCUAUACAAUUUCGAUGUUUCGUGUAUAUGUUCGCCUGCUUUCACGAAUUAAAAACUGUUAUUGUUUAACGUUAAAAUGAUAUAUAAAAUGUCAUUUCUGAAUGAACAAAUUGGUGUAUAAGCAUCUUAGAUAUACGAUUGAAAAAUACAAUUGAGUCCGUAGGAGUUUAAAAUGCUGGUAUUUUUGCGACAACUAUAUAUAAGAUAUAAAAAAAUGUUAUGAUGUUAUAAACAUUAUAUAACGUUAUUUAUUGACAUAAAUAAUAAUAGAUGUUUCGAUUCUGUUUAGAUCAAAGAUAAAUACUUAUUACAACGUCUUUUAAUUAUUUUUUUUGUAGUUUAUCGCAAAUAUCAAGGUAAUUUUAGCCUCUUACUGACUUACGUGUAUCUUCUAAUUCCUGAAUGGAAUAAAAGAAUCCUUAUAGUGAAAAUGGUAUUAUAUGCUUAUUGAAAACACAAAUCAACAUAAAUUUUCACUAAAUUGGAAGUGAUAGCAAGGAGCUAGAUAUAGCGAAAAUAUUUGUAAACAUACCCUUUAGGGAUUCUAACAGAAUCAAAUUACUAAAAAGAAAAUAUUUAUGAUAUAUUAGUAUAAUAAAAGUCACAAGCUGUUCAUGAAAACAGCAUUCAGUGUAAUAAAGCAUCUUUAUUAGUAUUUGGGAAACAGUGAAUUUGGAUAUCCUAUAUGUUUAUUGUUCGUCAUUGAUAUUCUGCAUGUAUUAACAAUAAAUAUAUGGAUUUUGUUUUAAUUGAGAGAAGUUCAAGUAAUAUUUGCUCGAUCGUUAACAAUCAGAUGUUUACGGUUAAUUUUAUAACUGACUGUAUGUUUUACACAGCUAGCAAUUUAUUUCUUUUAUUACAUUGGGUUCAUAUUUCUUAUUUUGUAAAUAAACAUGCGAGAAAAUUAAAUCGUUAUUGUAGAAAAUGCAAAACUAGUUAUGGCAAGUGAUGUUUUAUUGCAUUAUACCAUUUCAUAUUAAUAAACAGUGGAAAUUUAUAUCAUAA